AUGUGUCGUUUAGUCUGGGCACUCUCGUUGACUCACCAAGAACAUUGUGUCUUCUUUAAAAGGAGCUUAGCAUGAAAUCUGGACUUGUGCUAACACUGCUAUUUCUAGAGAUUGUAGCUGCCCAAAUACCAGGAUGCGAUUACUUCGACACGGUGGACCUCUCGCAUAGCCCCAAGCUCUCAAACGGCUCGUAUCAGUACGAAGGGCUGGUCAUACCGCCAGAGCAGACUGGGGAAUAUGACUUUGAGAUAUUGGCGGACGGAGAGAAGGAGUCAGUGCCCAGGCACCUGCGAGGAUGUGCCUGUCGACUGGGCAGCUGUAUACGGUUCUGUUGCCACAGGAAUCUCUUUCUCGACAGGAAUGAACGCACGUGCAGCGGAGAUAUUGCCAAGGCAGUUGACUAUGAUCCCUAUGUGAACAUAAGCCUGGCCAAUGGCACUCAGGUGAGGAGGCACGUUCUGAAGGACUUUAUCGUACAGCAAGAUCUGCCUGUACCCUGUUCGGAACAUUUCCAUCUGGAUGCGUUAAACGAUGAAUCUCAUGGAUGGACACUGAUGGAGGAUGGCAGGCUACUGCGUCAUUUCGAUCAGAAGUCCUUGUCGAAGCAGGAGUACUGCCUCCAACCGCAUCCAAUCAGUGCUGGCGACAACAAAACGGUCAUCACGCUCGUGCCGCACAACUGCAACGACCCGCCGGAGAGUCAAUUGCUGUACAAUAUACUGCGACUGUUAUCGAUCAUUUGUUUAUUGUCAACGAUCAUCGUCUACCUGUUCAUACCGAAGCUACGGAAUCUACACGGCUGUUGCUUCACAUGCUACAUGGCCAGCCUGCUUAUAGCAUAUGCAUUACUCCUAGUCGAUUCCUGGAAGGAGGACUGGUCGAAGUCAAUGUGUCAGUUAAAUGGUUAUGUGGGCUACUUUGCUGUCAUGGCUAGCUUCCUUUGGCUGACCGUCAUCAGUUUUGAUCUGUGGAGCAGUUUCCGCAGCAACAACUACAAUGUGCAACGAUAUACGCCCAGGUACCGAUUCCUGAUCUACAGCCUAUAUGCUUGGGGUGUUGCUGCUCUACUUACCCUAAUUGUGAUUAUCGUCGAUUAUAAACUGGAUGAUAACGACGAUGACGAACUUUUUUGGAUGCCAGGAGUUGGGCUUUACAAUUGUUGGGUUAAGACUCACGAUUGGUCUGCGCUGCUCUAUUUCCAUGGUCCAAUGGCUCUACAAAUCCUUUUCAACAUCAUAAUGUUUAUACUGACUGCCAUUCGCAUUCUGGAGGUGAAGAGGGACUUGCAGAACGUUGCGGCACACGGGGAGCGUGAACAGCGACUCAAUUCGGAAAGACAAACAUACACUCUGUUUAUGCGACUGUUUGUCAUUAUGGGCGUGACCUGGACCUUUGAAAUAUUCGCGUAUUUCGCACAAAAUCAGAAGAUACUCGAGAAAAUCUUUUCAUUCUUCGAUUAUAUCAACUGUGCCCAGGGCGUCAUCAUAUUCAUCAUGUUCGUGCUGAAGAGCAGCGUCUUGAGACUCAUCUCGAAUCGGCUAAACCAGGUCGAUCAGAAAAUGCAGAGCCAUCGAAUGAGCAUAUAUCGUUUAUCAAGAGCGGGAGGAUCAGCUCGAAAAUAUUCGUAAAAGCCGCAUUUAUUUACUCUCAACCAUUUUCGAUUUAUAUAUAGAUCAAUAUGUCAGAUCAAGUAUUUUUAUAACGCAAACUAUAUACUACUAACUAUACAAUAUAUAUGCAUUUAAAUCGGUAUAUAGCAUGAUCAUACCAGAA